AUGAAGCUUUUGGAACAGUCUCUUCCCUUCAUUGCUUCAGCACUGGAUAGCUCGGUACUGAGAUCUCCUCAGGGGCUAAGGCACAUUGGUUCCAAGAUUUCCUUUCUGUUCGAAGACAGCAGGGUGCAGGCAGACCCAGUGGUAUCCUUGGCUUUUGAAUGGGUCCUUUUGAUGGUGGUACCACCUGUUGACCCACUUAUUGAUUUGAUGGCUGAAAGGGCAUGGAAGGACCCUGACAUGGUGGAACCUAUCCCCAAGAAACCAGAUAGGAUUCUCUGUGCUCCUGCAGACAGGAAACAUUGCAGCAAAGAUCCUCAGGGGAAGAAGAUUGCAUCUGAUGCAAAGGUUUUGAGAGAGGCUAAUAAGUUAGCUGAAAUGGAAGAACCACCUCUUCUACCAGGAGAGUCAAUUAAAGAUAUGGCCAAAGACAUAACUUACAUCUGUCCUUUCACUGGAGCAGUGAGGGGAACCCUGACCAUAACAAACUAUAGACUGUUUUUCAAGAGCAUGGAAAGGGUCCCGCCUUUUGUUCUUGACGCAGCUCUGGGUGUGAUUAGUAGAGUUGAAAGGAUUGGUGGAGCCUCAAGUAGAGGGGAAAACUCAUACGGACUGGAAAUUGUCUGUAAGGAUAUUCGGAAUCUGAGAUUUGCUUAUAGGCAAGAAGGCCACACCAGAAGAUCUAUUUUUGAGAACCUAAUGAAAUAUGCAUUUCCACUAUCUAAUAACUUGCCAGUCUUUGCAUAUGAAUACAGAGAAGUGUUUUCUGAAAAUGGCUGGAACAUUUAUGACCCUAUUGCUGAGUACAAGAGACAGGGCCUUCCUAAUGAAAGCUGGAAAAUAACAAAGAUAAAUGAAAACUAUGAGCUGUGUGAUACCUACCCUGCUUUGCUUGUGGUACCUGUCAACAUUUCAGAAGAAGAGUUAAAACGUGUGGCUGUUUUUAGAUCAAGGGGUCGCAUACCAGUUUUGUCAUGGAUUCAUCCAGAAAGCCAAGCUACCAUAACACGCUGCAGCCAGCCAAUGGUUGGAGUGAGUGGGAAGCGUAACAAGGAUGAUGAAAAGUACCUUCAGUCAAUCAUGGAUGCUAAUGCUCAGUCUCACAAACUUUUCAUCUUUGAUGCAAGGCCCAGUGUUAAUGCUGUAGCUAACAAGGCUAAAGGAGGUGGCUUUGAAAGUGAAGAUGCUUAUCAGAAUGCUGAACUGGUCUUCCUGGAUAUUCAUAAUAUACAUGUAAUGCGAGAAUCUCUAAGGAAGCUUAAAGAGGCAGUGUAUCCUGAAAUUGAGGAAAGUCGCUGGCUGUCCAAUCUGGAAUCAACACACUGGCUUGAACACAUCAAACUGAUUCUUGCAGGAGCUCUCAGAAUUGCAGAUAAAGUGGAAUCAGGAAAGACUUCUGUAGUCGUGCACUGCAGUGAUGGCUGGGACCGUACAGCUCAGCUCACCUCACUUGCCAUGGUAAUGCUGGAUGGUUACUACCGCACAAUCAGAGGAUUUGAAGUGCUUAUUGAAAAGGAAUGGCUUGGAUUUGGUCAUAAAUUUCAGCUACGAGUUGGCCAUGGAGACAGAAACCAUGCAGAUGCUGACAGAUCUCCAGUUUUUCUACAGUUUGUGGACUGCAUCUGGCAAAUAACAAGACAGUUUCCAACUGCUUUUGAAUUCAAUGAAGUUUUUCUUAUAACCAUUUUGGACCACCUUUAUAGUUGCUUAUUUGGAACAUUUCUUAUGAAUGGUGAACAGAUGAGAGUAAAAGAGGAUCUUCCAAAAAAGACACUGUCUUUGUGGUCAUACAUAAACAGCCAGCCCGAGGAAUUCUGCAAUCCAUUGUUUGUGAAUUACUCUGACCAUGUGUUAUAUCCUGUAACAAGUAUUCGACAUCUACAGCUCUGGGUGAACUAUUAUAUUCGAUGGAAUCCAAGGAUGAGACCUCAGGAACCUAUCCAUCAACGAUAUAAAGAACUUUUAGCAAAGAGGGCAGAACUGCAGAAGAAGGUAGAUGAACUACGUCAAGAUGUUUCCAGUAAAUCGGCAUCAACAUCAGAGAAAGCUAGUUCUCCCACACGUUCUGUAACUCCUGUGCAGACUGUUGUAUAGUUACAGCCAUUGCUGUCUAGAAGUGGAAAGAGGCAGCAGUCCUGUUGUUUGAAGCCAUUGGGGUGUAAACACAGCAGUGAUAUAAACCACAGUGUUAUGCUUUAGGUUAUUGCUGUUAGAAUAAUAAUAUGGCUGUUGACUUAUUGCAUUGUAGAAGUGUUAAUUCCACUAACUUAUAACCACCGUCAUAGUCUGUGAAGGUAGCCAAUCACAUAUUCCCAAUUCAGUGUUAGUUUUAUUUUUCACAUUUAUAUGUGAAGAACAUAUACGUUUAUUAAAUAUUAACAGCCAUAGCAGCAAUGAAGGUAGAUGAGCAACAACACAAUUGUCUUCACCAUGUGACAUACUAAUGGCAUAUUACUGCUGAGGAAUGAAUUAUGAUUUAUUUCUCUGCUCCAUGGUUUGUGGCUGCAACAGCAACAGAAUUCUGCAAUAAAAACUUAGAAACUUGCCAGUUAUAAUGCAACUGCCUGGAACUUUUGCAGCUACAUGAUGAGCUCAUGAGGCUUUCUUUUUUCAAUUUAUUUACUCAGAGAAGUUUUUCUGAGAUUCACCUUUUUCUUGUUUUACCAGUUUGUAAAAUUAGUAGAAGUGAACAACUCGAUCUUAACCUGAAAUCAAGUGAGUGUUUACAUCUUGCCUGUUGUAAGACUUGGGUCUCCUGGCCCUGAAACAUCAGUUUUGGGUGGCAGUAUCUGUAGUCAUUGAAGCAGUUGCAGGAUUGUGAUUGCUUAAUAUAUUUGCUUGCAGUGUGUGUGUGUGUGUGUGUGUGUGUGUGUGUGUGUGUGUGUGUGUGUGUGUGUGUGUGUGUGUGUGUGUGUGUGUGUUAAUAGUACUCAUAUAAAUGCACUAUAUAUGUGUAUUAAUAGUACUCAUAUAAAGGGAGGGUGCCAAUUGACUCUGCUUGCGACAAUCCACAGCAUUUUUUUCCUAGUUAUAAGCAUUGUUUCCAAGAGUGUGGGUUUUCUACCAGUCUUAUUAAAAACUGACCAUGACAAAACCUGAGUAUGUAUUAUGAGCAAAUAUGAAAGGGGGAGUUCGUGAAGACUUCUGAUUUAUUUUUUAGUUCAUGAGCUGCAGUCAUCAAUUUUUUAAAUUGAACAUAUCCUAAACACAUUGCUCAGUUUUCCAUCAUUUCUUAUGAUGUUAACCAUAUUGUUCAUUCUGUUAGCCCAUGGCUCUAAGAGGGCACUUCCUGUAGAAAGUCUGUUUAUGUGAAUAUAGCUGCAUGGGAUUUUCAUAACACAUGAAUAGAAGUGUGGCUGCAGUAUAACUGGACAUCACUUGCAUGCUCUUGUAUCACAUGCCAAUGAAAAAAUCUGAAAGGAGGUAAUGGCUUUAUAAGCAUAUAAAGCUUUUGAUGGAGCAGAUUUCCCUCUUCUGUAAACGAAAUAUCACAAGAAGCCCUGUAUAGCUUUGUCAUCCUUUACCAUUCUUAUUAAAAUUAUCCACUGGCAAUAUUGCCUAAGGAGAAGAAUUUUAAAUAGAGUAAAUAGGUUUACUAUCAAAAUGUCAAGGUGACUUUCCUCAACCAUUCACAACCGUGACCCGGAACAAUGAAAUAAAAAUCGUGGUGCUUGUUUAGAAUGUCAAUUCCUUCAAAGGAAAGAAUAGACAUUCGACCACUCACCAUCCUGAAAAAAACAUCUGCUACGAGGCUGAAAAUAUCUUACCAUUUUGCAGGGGGGGCAAGGCCCCCUGCACCCCCACAACCCCUGCUACUUAUAUAUUCUAGCACCAAGAUCGCACUACAGUGAGGAAAAAUGUAAUUUUCCCAGUCCCCAAUGUAGUGCGAUGCCCUUCAAAAUACCAGCACUCCAAACUACAAACACAAUCUCAUCGACAUUUCACAGUCGACAGGAAUUGUGUUCAUAGUUUUGCCUCUGUGCUCUGAGUUCAUCCUUCCAACUGUCGAGGUAAACCACCUCGACAUUUUGAUUGUAAGCUGAGUAAAUACUGUUCCCUUUGUUGUUUAGUGUCAGCAAUGUCCACUUAUGCAGUAACUUAGGUAGUCCAGUAAUUUCUUCUACCAACCUGUUCUAUGGCAGUAGCCUCUGGAACGUUUUUCCUUGUUCUUUUGAUUUUUGAUAGUGGUGAUGUCCUCAUUGUCUUUGUGUAUAACUGUUUUACACUGCUGAACUCCCUAGCAGAAGACUCAUUGUUACUCUAAUAGCUUGUCUUAACCAUACAUUCUAAGGUUAAGCAUCUAAUUAUGAUGUUUAUCAACAGCAGAAUUACUGAUAGCAGAAGAAUACUUGUCCCUUCUUUGCCGCUAAUGUGUACCUGUUGCAUUCAUUCAUUCAUGCACCCUGUAUCUUCUCUGAGUGCUUUAUCACUAACCAUGCUGGAUAAUUACAUUUUAGUCAUACUAUGCUGGAUGUAACAAAAAUUAUUCUACGUUUUCACAUACGGGAUAAGCACUAUUUCAUUUACUUAGUUUUGCUAUGCAUUCAUUGAUCUCUGGGACACUGGUGCUAUAUGUACUCUUCUCAUUUGACCUCUCAGUCAUGCUGAUGUAAAAUAUCUGUAUAUACAGCAAUGCUCAUCUUGUUUUUUUGAUAAAAGGCAUGUGUGAGUCAUGUUUUGGCUGCAAUUAAACAGUCAAAACAGGAAUAUUGUACUGUAGUACGAAAUAUAUUUUUUGAGCGCUGGAUCCAUACACAAAUCCAUGCAUGUGAUUAUUAUGCCUGCAGCCUGAAUUUUACAUAAUUGGGUCUCAGGUCUUGGCAUUAGAGGACAAAUGGUGACUUCCCUUGCAUUAGCUUCAGAUGGCAAAUGAUUUUAGCUGUCUGUAAGAGCAAAUGGCAGUCUUGUACAGGUAUGUUGCUUCCCAGAAAAUGCAGUAGAAAAAAGAUGAAUAUUUUACUCAUAUGACUAUUUUCUCUUCCACAGUCCUUAUCUGUUUUCGUGCGAAAUGAGUCUUCUGCUAGAGAUUGCAGUAGUUAAAAGGCAAAAUUCAGUCUCAUCUGCUGUCCCUGAUAAGCCUGUUUUAGAAUAUCAUUAUAUGUCUGUUAAAACUUUGUAUGUUAAACAGAUGAAUGUCAUGCAAGUUUUCCAGCUAUCUGGGGUUACGUCUUUAUCCUAAUCAAAAAUUCCAUCUAUCAUGGCAGCUUUUGAAGAAGCCAUUUUUUGUAGCAUGGUAGUAACAAGCAUUGUACCACAACUGUUAGUGUUUCCUGUCUGACAGCUGUAGGGGCUGAGGCUUGUUCCUGUGUAGAGCUUGCAUGCUGUUUUUUCUGCAUGUAUUUUCACUGAGUACUUGUUUCCUUCUAGUCUGGGGGACAUGCUGUUUGAUCAGCUACAGACUGUCCAUGUAUACUUCAUUUAUUCAUGUCACUCUGGUCUGAGUCAUAAAAAGUGUCCCCCAUGGAUUAGGUCAUUUAUUUAAUAAAUGAAUGAAUGAAUACAAAUAAAAUAAGCCAUUAGUACCCUUUCUUCUGCAAGAAUAGCCAGCAGGUGUUUGACCCUAGCUGAACAAUAUUUUAUUUUCCCAUUGUAGGUUGAAUCAGGUAGCUAUCAAUGCAUACAAAUGGUUUCUCAGGUUUAAGCAGUUCUGUGCCCUGCCUUCAGUUCCAAGUCAGGAUUGUGAAUGACAGGAGUUGAGUGAAUUAAAAAAUGCAUUCAAUGUGAAAUUCAAAUCCUGCAUUCACUUGAAAAGCCAAGGCCCCACACACUUCCAUACUGGAGACUUUGUCCCCUGCACUCCUUUUUCUUAAUAUAGUCAUCUGUCAUUUCCUCUGCAGUCACCUUGUUUAAAAAAAAAAGACUUUUUCCACACUCAGCAAUGGCUGCAAAAGCUGCCUUUGCAACUAGAGUCCACUCCCUCUGCCUUGUAAUAAGUCAAAAAGACCUAAUAGCAGAAUUAAUGUUAUCUUCUUUUGAGUAUGGCAUUUAAUAGCUUGAGUAAUUUAUAGCACUGUUUAAAAUGCAAUGAAUAGUUUUGAUAUGCAGCUUUAUUCUCAGUUCAAAACACUUCUGAUUUGCCAUCAAAAGGAGCAAUGAAUAACAACAUUCAAAAAGCCUUGACUAGAGGCUUACUGAAUGUGAUUUGUGAUGUCUUUGAUUUUGUGGCACUGAAAUCUAGAACUGACAUUUAUCUCAGGAGAUACUUUUGGACUCGUGUAUUAUAGUGUUCUGUGGAUGUACAGUAUUCUGUUCCAUGUGCAAGGUUUUAAGAGGGACAGAUUGGUUUUCAAAGCACAUACAUGCCAGGCCAUAAGAUUACAUUGCCUUUACCACACUGCUUAUUCAUAACCACCCAUCAGAGACUGCAUUAAUAGAAUUGCACCAACCAAGUCCUGCAGUUUGUAUUCUAAGGACAAAUUUCAAUAGUAGACUUAUAAUAAACACAGUAGCUAUUGCAAAACUGUAUUGCAGUAGCUGUGUUGAAGUUUAAAAGUGCAGGACAGUAUCCUGAUUAUCAUGGGUCUACUUCAUAUGACCUAAAUUUCAUUUAACUGAAAUUCAUUUGACUGAGACCAAAACACUGAAAACUUAU